GGCGGUAUAGAAGGCAAGAAGACCGUAAACUGCACAUCAAAACCAAGCACUUGGUUCUCCUUUUUCCUCUCUAACCAACUUAACAGCAAACCAAACCAAACCAAACCAAACCAAACUCAACUCAAUACAAUAAUAUUUUUCUUACUCUUACAACAAAAAAACAACUCUUCAUUUUGAAACUGCAAAAAAGGCACUGCUCAGGGUGGCUGCAGAGGUAGAGUAGUGGUCAAGAUGGAUAGGUAUCAGAGGGUGGAGAAACCAAAGUCAGAUACUACACCUAUUAAUGAAAAUGAGAUUAGAAUUACUACUCAAGGCAGGAUGCGUAAUUACAUUACUUAUGCCACUACUCUCCUCCAGGAAAAGGGGUCUGAUGAAAUAGUUCUUAAAGCAAUGGGCAGAGCUAUAAAUAAGACAGUGAUGAUUGCUGAGCUAAUUAAGAGAAGAAUUGUUGGUCUGCAUCAGACUACUGCUAUUGGAUCAACUGAUAUAACUGACCUAUGGGAGCCACUAGAAGAAGGCCUUCUUCCCUUGGAAACUACUCGUCAUGUUUCGAUGAUCACCAUCACCUUUUCUAAGAAGGAGCUUGAUACAUCCUCCACCGGGUAUCAACCCCCUCUUCCAGCUGACCAAGUGAAGCCAUUGAAUGAAACCGAAUAUGAAGGAGAAGGCUCACCUCGGAUGCGAGGCAGGGGAUAUGGUGGUUGGGGAAGAGGAAGGGGUAGAGGUAGAGGGAAUUACUACGGAGCAGGAGAGUAUAACGGUGAUGGUUGGGAUGGCGGGCGUGGUUACGGUGGAAGAGGUCGAGGCCGUGGAAGAGACCGUUUCUUUCGAGGCCGAGACCGAGGCAGAGGGCGUGGCUUUAGUGGGCAAUCAAGUGGGUACUAUGCUUAUGGUGAAUUUGAGGCUCUACCUGUCUCUGCUCGAGGAGGAUUUGCAGGGCGUGGCCGAGGCAGGGGAAGAUGGCGUGGCGGAGGUCGUACAUUCAGGGCAGAAUACGGGCCUGCCCAAGCAUCGGCCGCUUGAGAAGCAUUAGUGAUGAAAGCAAGUGUAGUUAGAGAUGGAUGCCUGCUCUUCUUUGCUCUGCUAGUGUCUGAAUUUUGAGAGUUGUCAUAAGUUUGAAGCUGUCUAGUGCUGGCAGUUUUGUGUUAAUGUAGGAUGAGUAGUGGUAGUAAUGGUGAAGAGGUUGUACAUUUUUAUUUUCUUGCUACAUAGAAAUUGAUAGAGCAGUACAUUCGUUUAUUCUUAAUAAUAAAAGCAUCCUAGUUUUAGUUA